AUGCAUGACCUAAUAAAGGACUACUUCACCGUGGAGUCCUUUGGUGUGCGAGCUGUGCCGCCCAUUGAGAGUGUAGCCGACAUACGUGCUAAGAAGCUGCUCGAUUCAACUACAGUGAAGGUGAAUGGUCGAUUUCAAACCGGGUUACUGUGGAAGACCGACAACAUCGAGCUACCGGAGAGCUACUCCAUGGCUUUGAAACGUCUUGUGGGCAUCGAAAGAAAAAUCGCACGUAAUAAGGAGUUUGGUAAAGCAUACCGUGAAAUCAUCAACAAUUAUGUCAGUAAAGGGUAUGCGCGUAAGCUGCAAUCAUCCGAGGUAGCCGAAGUGGGUUCUAGGACAUGGUAUCUUCCACAUUUUGCCGUGAUAAAUCCGCAUAAGCCAGGAAAGUUGAGGCUCGUGUUUGACGCUGCAGCAACUUCACACGGAGUGUCGCUGAAUUCUCAGCUACUGAAGGGGCCACAGCAAUAUCGUCCAUUGGUAUCCGUGUUAUUCCACUUCCGAGAAGGCGCCGUAGCCGUUUGUGCUGACAUACAGGAGAUGUUCCACCAAGUUGUCAUUCGUCCUGAAGAUAGAUGUGCCCAGAGGUUUUUGUGGCGCAACGGUGAUAUCCAGCAGACUCCUGACGUGUAUGAAAUGACGGCGAUGAUGUUUGGUGCAGCAUGUUCCCCUUGUUCAGCACAUUAUGUGAAGGUGAAAAAUGCGAUGGAACACAGCAACCACGAUCCACGAGCAAUCCAAGCCAUAACCGACUAUCACUAUGUGGAUGAUUACGUUGAUAGUUUCCGUUCCGCUUCCAGAGCUAUGGAGAUAUCCAAACAGGUUCGCGACAUUCACAAAGACGCUGGUUUCCAGCUUCGGAAGUUUAGGUCGAACUCCUUGGAGGUCGCGACUGCAUUGGGUGGUGAAAACACAGCGUUGUCUAUUAUGUCGAAAGAAGCCAUGGAAUCUGGAAAGGUUUUAGGAAUGUUGUGGCAGCCGUCAAGCGACCACUUCACGUACCGUCUGGAGUUCCAUGGAGUCGAUUCAUCAGUCAUUAGUGGCGAUUUAGUGCCCACAAAAAGAAUGCUACUGAGUAUCGUUAUGUCCAUCUUCGAUCCGUUGGGAUUCCUGUGCCACCUCACCAUCACAGCGAAAUUGGUUAUGCGCGAGAUCUGGAAGCGAGAUUUAGGCUGGGACGAGCACGUUCCUAAUGAAAUCAACGACAUGUGGAAUAAUUUUCGGAUGCAGUUGCUAAACGUUGUAGAGUGUAAAGUGCCGCGUCACUAUUUCAAGCUGGGACAGCCAAAAAAUCUACAAUUGCAUAUUUUUGUCGAUGCCAGUGAAGACGCAUUCGGAGCUGUAGCAUUCUGGAGGGCAGAGUACCCAGACAACGCGGUGCAAGUGUGUAUUGUUUAUGCCAGAACAAGAAGUGCACCACUCAAGAUGCUAACCAUUCCCAGAUUGGAGUUGCAAGCUGCCGUGCUAGGGUCCCGUAUGAUGACGACUAUAAUUGAAGAGCACACAAUGUCUAUCGAUCGAUGCGUCCUUUGGAGCGACUCGAGAACGGUUCUCAAGUGGAUAGCCAGUGAACAUCGUCGCUAUAAGCCCUUCGUAGCCCAUAGGAUUGCCGAAAUCCUGAGCGUGUCCACGCAGUCUGAUUGGAGAUGGGUGCCAACAAAAGAAAAUGUGGCUGACGAAGCAACACGGGUGAAAAGGGGCGUUAACCUCAACCCAUCCUCACGCUGGUUCACGGGUCCAGCAUUUUUAUGUCAGCCGGAACACAUAUGGCCAACAGACGAUACACCUGCUGCGAACAUUGACGAAAACGAAGAGCUUCGGCCGAAGUAUGCUUUAUUAAUUGCUCAGAGCAGCAUAUUUGACUUUGAGAGGUUUUCAUCGUUUCUUAAACUAAAGAGAGUUGUUGCCUGGGUCCUUCGUUACAUCCACUACAGCAAAUCAAGACCGAGCCAGCCUGACACUUCGUCAAAAUAUGGGUUAAUGACCUCCGAACUUGAUGCCGCCGAACGUAUAAUAUGUCGCCAUUCGCAACGAGAAAUAUUCGUGAAUGAGGUCAUUCGAUUGGAGAAGGGGCUCAGCUUGCCGAGUGAAAGUCCACUCUACAAACUUUCGCCGUGGAUAGAUAACGAGGGACUUCUUCGGGUACAUGGGCGAUUGGAUGCUGUCAGCUGGCUAGCUUAUGACACGAAGCAUCCUAUUAUUUUGCCGUCUCACCACGUCGUAUCGAGGCUCAUAGUCGCGCAAGAGCACAAGCGAAUGAUGCACCAAAAUACAGAGGCGACUAUUUGCAUGAUUCGUCAGAGGUACUGGAUCCCAAACUUGAGGAAGGUCGUUCGUGGGGUCAUCGCCAAUUGCAAUACAUGCAAACUAAAGAAGGCAAAGCCAGUUACACCAAUGAUGGGGCUACUUCCAGAAGAUCGCGUUACGCCAUACGUGAGGCCAUUCACAUACACUGGAUUAGACUAUUUUGGCCCUGUGAAUGUGACGGUUGGCCGAAGAACUGAGAAGCGAUGGGUGGCAUUGUUUACGUGUUUGACAGUACGAGCUAUUCAUCUCGAGGUGGCUUAUGACCUGUCAACGGACUCAUGCAUAUUGGCGAUACGGAACUUUAUGAACCGAAGAGGGGUGCCAAGAAGAAUCAGAUCGGAUAAUGGCAAGAAUUUCAUUGGCAUAGCUGGCGAGGUUAGGCGUUUUUCAGAUGUGUUCGACUGUCGCGCGUUGCAGGGUGAGUUGACAUCGAAAGGCGUCGAAUGGGUCUUCAAUUGCCCCGAAAAUCCUUCUGAAGGCGGCGCUUGGGAGCGUAUGGUACAGUGUGUAAAAAAGGUCCUGUGCCAUACUAUGAAAGAGGUGAGUCCCAAAGAGCACACGUUUAAUAGUCUGCUGGUGGAGGCCGAAAACGUAGUAAAUUCACGUCCGCUCACACAUUUGCCGGUAACAGCAGAGCAAGAGGAACCUCUGACGCCAAACCACUUCCUACUGGGUAGCGCAAAUACUGCGCAAACUCCAAGUUGCGAUGAAUCCGAUCAGAAGCUGUGUUCCCUACAAACAAUCGCACCCGAUAUUGAGAGCUGUAAUAGUCCUGGCUAG